AUGCCGGUGAAGCGGUCGGCGUCCGUGGCGGCGCUGCUCCCGCCAGUCGGCCGCCGCGCGCGGGCCCGCCUCUGCCUCCGCCUCGCCGCGCCGCUCACCUUCGUGCUCCUCUUCGUGGCGCUGCUCCACACCCAGCCGCUCCUGGGCGUCCCGCCCGCCGCGCCGCCGCCCUCCGCGGGGCCCGCUAAGGUCGCCUUCCUCUUCCUCGUCCGCGCGGGGGUGCCGCUCGACUUCCUCUGGGACGCCUUCUUCCGCAACGGCGAGGAGGGGAGAUUCUCGGUGUACGUGCACUCCGCGCCGGGGUUCCAGCUCGACCGCACCACCACGGGAUCGCCAUACUUCUACGGGCGGCAACUUGCGAGGAGCGUCAAGGUGGUGUGGGGCGAGGCCACCAUGGUCGAGGCAGAGAGGAUGUUGUUUGCUGCCGCGCUUCAGGAUCCCGCGAACCAGCGCUUUGUUUUGCUCUCUGAUAGCUGUGUUCCUCUCUACAAUUUCAGCUCCAUAUAUACUUACUUGAUGGCUUCACCUAAAAGUUUUGUAGACAGCUUCGUGGACAAGACGGAGAAGCGUUAUAAUCAAAAAAUGUCUCAUGUCAUUCCAAAGGAUAAAUGGAGGAAAGGAUCUCAGUGGGUAGUAUUAAUCAGAAAACAUGCUGAAGUUGUUGUUGGUGACAAAAAUGUAUUAAAUGUAUUCAGAAGACAUUGCGAGAUGGUAGUAACCAAGAGCUUGCGUGGACGAAGGCCAAAUGCUAGACGACUGGGGUUCCCCUUUCGGAGAAAGCAGAAAGGAGUAGCUCAACAGGAGCAUGAUUGUAUUCCAGAUGAACAUUAUGUGCAGACAUUAUUUUCUAUCAAAGGUCUUGAAGAUGAACUGGAGAGAAGAACUUUGACCUAUACCUCAUGGAACCAAUCAUCAAAUCCGAAAGACAAAAUGACUUGGCAUCCUAUGAAAUUUGAGUAUGAUACAUCUAGCCCUGAGCAUAUCAAUGCUAUCAAGUCCUCACUCACCGUUUUGAUGGGUCAGAUACUGUUCACAAUUAGUACCAGCCUCAAUGGGAGCUGUAUCAUUUGCAGCAGUAGCUACAGAGACAUGGAGUAUCAGAGUAUUGACAGUAACCAGACUGCGCUUAGACAGUUAAGAGGACUUAAAGAGGGUUGA